AAUUGUAAACUAAACUCACUCCACAUUUCUCACAUUUACUUGACCGAAGGCACCCCACCAUUAUAUCCCCUAUUAUCCUCUCUCGCUCUCAGCCUCGUCUAGAUUUAUUUAAUCGCUUUAUCAUCAGAUCUUAUUUAUAAUCAAGAGAAUAUGGGUAGUGAGUUUCGGAUUUUGUGAAUUUGACAUACGGAUCGAAUUAGUGUUUUAUUUUGAGGUACCAGUGAUGUGAGCAAGGAGGUGGCUGUACCAGUUGUAUAUGUGAAUAUUUUUACGAAUUUGUGGUUCUAUCAGAAUGGCGGAUGAUAAUGCCCUUGAUCUGACCUUGGGUCUGCCUUGUGGUGGUGGGGGUGGGGGUUCCUCAGUUAAAGGUAAAAUUGGCAGCUCAUCUGAUACUAGAUCAGAUGAACUUGAUAGAGGUAGCAAAGUAAUUGACAAGUUCAAAAACUUUCUGGAAGAUGGGACCCAACAACAUCCCGUGAAAACAGAAGAGAAUGUCUUUAAUAACUUUCCAAAAGCCGCUGUGGAUGUGGAAACGUCUAAAAACUUGAACACUGGAGGGUUAUGGGUUACAAAUGAUUGCAGGUCUACAUCAGUUGAACAAGAAAAGAGAUCAGAUGUUAGUGAAAAACGCAAAAGCUUGUUUAGUGAAAUGAGUCAACAAAAGAAACGUGAGACAGAAUCUCAUCAUCCUGAUUUGACCGAUAAGCCCAAAGGAUCCCACAUUUCCAUAUCCACUGAUGAGGGAUCAACUGCAGAAAAUGAAGGUGUAGCUGAUUCUGAAGUGGAGGGAUCAAGUAUAAGGCAGGUUUCUCAGCAUGAUGACAGCUCAAGACGGUUUGUAGACGGUGGUGGUAAGUCCAGGGUUCAUAAGGAGGUUCAUGCAUUUUCUGAUUCCAGUGGUUUAGAACUUUUAGGACAGAAUAGAUUUACCAUUUCAUCAGAAAAGGAAUUUAAUAUAGGGAACAUGUCCACGCACUAUCGUGUCCCAUUCCCAGCUCAACCUGUAAACAUGUUGAAUGUGCCUUACUCUCAAUCUGUAAAGGAUUAUAACCCUAGCAGUACUCCUAGUUCCUCUAGCUAUCCUUUACAUGGCAUGAUGCAUGUGAUGGGUGGCACAAAUAACGAGCGGUCAGGCGUGAUGUCUGCAAACUUGCCAUUGAUGUUUGGGUACACUCCAGUUCAGCUUCCAACACUGGACAAGGACAAUCUGCAGGGUCUUGUUUCUCAUCAUCAGCAGCUUCGCCCAACUUAUACUGGAAGGGAUCAAAUAAACUUGGACAAGGGCAAUGAUGGGCCAAAGAUAACUCAAGCACCCAUGCCAGUGAUUUUGCACAAGUCAUCGGAUUCUAACGAUGGGAAGGAAGUAGAACGUGCCAGAAGUAAUGGAAAACAACAUGUUGGAGAAGAGGGCUCCUCCUUGCACACAGAAGGUGAUCUAAAAGGAAUUGACUUUCCAGCUAUUCGACCAGGUAUUGAGGCAGACCUGAAAUUUGGAGGUUGUGGGUCCUAUCCAAAUCUGCCAUGGGUUUCGACUACUGGUUCGGGUCCAAGUGGAAAAACAAUAUCUGGUGUAACUUACAAGUGCAGCCCUACACAAAUAGGGAUCGUUUGUGCAUGUCAUGGAUCCCACAUGUCUCCCGAAGAAUUUGUUCAGCAUGCAAGUGAAGAGAACCCAGAAUCUGGUGCUGGUUUACCAUCAUUUCCAAGUAGCACUCCUGCAGUCUAAGCGCAAAUUGGAUUUUGGCAUUGAAAUUCUUCAUAAUUACUGAAAAUGUUUCUGCUCUGCCGCGGUCAAUAGUUUUGACACCUAACGUAAGCAAAUAUAUGCAUUUGGUUCUGUAUAAUGAAUAAGAUGUUGCGUCUAUCACUCUCCAAUGUCUACGAUUUUCCUUUGUAGUCCUGUGUCUUUGCAUCUUAGUUUUGUGUAAAAUCUAUCGUUUUUUUUGUCAGACAGAUAUAAGAUAUUCUCUUUUUCUGCUGUGGUAAUGUUUGAAUGACAAUAAUAUAUCUAUCUUUCUAUACUUA